AUGAAAGCUUUACAAGUUGAAGGUUUGAGUGGAGGAGACCCCCCGCUUAUAGAGACGGGAGGAGACGCCCCUUGGAGACAGUCGGGGGUGAUGAAGACGAUCAACGCCAUCUACAAGGUGACUCGGAGAGAAAUUCAGAUUUGCUCUGAAAUGGCCAGAAAAGAGAAAAACCUGUGGACCAGAAAGGACGCUCGCUCACUGAGUGAACGCAUGCAGGUCAGUCUAGGGGGCGCUAACAUGACAGUCACGUGCCGCAGCUGGGACGCCAUUCCCUCCUCAUAUAUCUACCCACGUGACAACCAGCCUCGUUCUGACCAAAGUGGGUGUGGCGAUGAAGCAUGGGUGAGGAACCCCAAGGGAACCACCUUCUCUGCAGUGAGGGAAGACGGGAGCCGAUCCACAGUUGUCUUCGUUCCACUGUCUUCCAACAAAAUGUGCACAAGUAACCUGUUCCGAGGCCCAUUAGGACAGGUUAAUGUGGUGAGUGCAGAUGAACUGAAGGAGAUCAUAUUCAACCAUCUUCAAACCAAGGACACGUGUCUCCAGAUCUUCACACAGGUCGGUGGGCAGAAAAGUAACCCCACCACCUCCUGUGGCAGCCAGGCCUCCAAGAGCACCACCUCCUGUGGCAGUCAGACUUCCACCAGCACCACCUCCUGUGGCGCCCAAGUCUCUGUUGCCACCACAUCCAGUGGGAUCCAAGUCUGUCCCCGUACCCGCCAUGUAGAGAUCCAAGCUUCACCUGCCCAGGUGGACGUCGCCUGUCAGACGGAUCCAGUACCAGCUCGUGAUGUCCAGGUCGGUGCCUCACUUGACUCUGUGAACAUAGAAACAGAGACCCAGGAUACAAGCAGCCUCAGUAAAGACUCAGCUGAUUCAACUCAGUUUCUGCUGACUCCAGACUUCUUUGUCAAGUCACCAUCUGCAGCGCCAAAGAGGGUUUUCGAACCAUCCGUGACGAAGAAGUAUGAACUCAUUCCACCAUCCUUCUAUGAGCAAAGAGCAAUCAAAUCAUUUGAUGUAUUUUUUGACAGACAAUCAUCCAUGGCUUUUCAAAAAUAUAAAUCAGCAGCGGCCCGACUGUUGGUGGACAGCAGUGAAUGUACCACUGUCAGCAGCACUGAGAGAUCACCAGCGAACCAAUGCAUUGAAAGAUCCAGCCAGGGACAACACAUUCCUGAGGGAGAUCCGUGCUCGACUCCGAAGACAGUGUCCAUGCGGGAUGAUGUGCAUGAGUAUGAUGUGUUUGCCACAGGGGAGAGAACCUGGUUUAAAGCUAAGACCAAGGAACUGUCUAAAUCUUCUGAGGACAGGAAUGAACUAAGCCUGGCUGAUGAACUCGCCCAACAGAGUCGCCAGUUACCCCAAGAGAUGUCUUGCUGUGACACGAAGCAGGUACCAAAGCAAAAAGAUAUUGACCAGGUCCUCUUACAAGAAACGAGGUUUGAGAGUUCUCACAGAAAUAAUGUCACAGAGGAUAUGGUUACCAAGACAACAAGCCACUCUGACAUGAGUCUGGUCGAGGACUUUCCUGUUGAAUACACAGAUCCCCAUUUCAUUGAGAACCUCAUCCGCAGGUCUUUCAGUGGUGAAGCAUCCCCAUCCAGAAACAUGAUGUCACUUGCUGAUGAACUACAGACCACAGACAUGGGGCUGCAAACCCAACAUGGACAUACACGGAAUACAAUGAGUCUUGCAAUGGAGCUCGCCCAGGCAAAGGAGAUCUCGCCAAGGAAACCUAACCCAUCUGUAGAAGAGUCACGACAUACGUCCUCAGAUUUGUCCUUACAGGAACAACAGGAGUUGAUGAGGAAGCAGAUGAUGUCCUUUGAAAAAGCAAAGCUUUUGUCACACAAAGCUGUGGUGGCUCAACUACUAUCUGCACGCAGCGAGAAGCAGAUUUCGGACACUCUGUCUGCUGUCCGUGCAGUCAGUGAGGUUAAAGUUGCAGAGGAAUCGCCAAGCAAAGUCACUGAUGAUGUCAUGCUCCGUGUCUUCGGCUUUGAUCCGAGAGUCUCACCUUUCACAGUCAAUGGUUACCCACUUCUGCCUUCUAUGUCUGAUGAUCUAGAUCACAUCGACCUACCGAUUCUAGAGAAGAGGGAUGUGCGGUUUGCAAAGAAAGAUGAUGGCAUGUUUAAGUGUGUGGGUCGUGGUGCCUAUGGCUGUGUCUACCUGGCGGAGAUGUCUGGACGCGAGGGGAAGCUGGUGGUGAAGGACUAUAUCAAUGAGGGCGUCAUCUGGGAAGUGAUCCAACACGAGGCCAGGCUCCUGAAGUACCUCUCAGACACCAACUGUGUCCCUGAGUUUGUCGGAUUAAUAACUUCCUCUGCAUCCAUAGGUGGGUACUCCUUAGUGCAGGAGUACUUCGGCAACGGUCUCACCAUACUGAAGCUGUUAUUCAGCCAAGAUAAACUGAGCAAGAAGACCUGGAUGAGCAUCUGCUGCCAGCUGGCAGAAGGACUCGAGGCGAUCCAUGCUAAACAUGUCCUCCUCAAUGAUCUAAAGAGUGACAAUGUACUUGUGGACCUUACUUCUGGAUUACCUAAAAUCAGAUACAUCGAUGUGGGAAUGGCUACUUACAGACAGGGGCUUCAGUUCGAGUGUUCCCGACCUCAGGUAGAAGAUCAUAAUUACCUGGCCCCAGAGGUGUGCAUGGGGUCCCACUCCAGCAUCUUGUCGGAUAUCUACAGUCUGGGGCAUCUCCUGGGACAGAUUGGCAGGAAGAGUCAGAUCCCGGAGCUGGAGAGUGUGAGUCAGUCCUGCACAGAGCAGCUGCCCAUAGAGAGGAUGUCACUGGCCACUGUCUGGGCCGAGCUGGACGUCAUCUUCAGGGCUGUAGCGGAAUAG